AUGUUCCGCCGAGGAUUGGUUCUACUACUGAGGCCUUCACCAGCAAGAAGAACCGAUUUUUCGCUGCUAAGAAAGCUGCUAGGUAGCUGUGCCCCAUUCACUAGAUUUCUUCUGCAUCGUCACUUUCAAACUUCUCGAGCUUCCUUCUUCCAUACUGCCCCUAUCUGCCAUAAUGAGAUUCCCUUUGACCAACUAUCACAAGAAGACAAGGAUACCCUAACUGAGGAACGAGCCACCGACAACGUUGAUGUUUGUAUUGUAGGCGCAGGUCCUGCCGGGCUAGCCUCGGCUAUUAAGCUCAAACAGCUUGACAAUGAAGAAGGCCUGGGAGAAUUGAGGGUGGUGGUGCUUGAAAAAGCACCAGACUUUGGAUCCCACAUUGUUUCGGGCGCAGUGCUCGAGCCUAGAGCGUUGAAGGAGCUUUUUCCUGAUAGUGAGUAUCUCAAAGAAGACGGCCUGGGAAUCCCCUUGCCGCCAGACUUGGUGACUCUAGUGGAACAAGACGAGAUGAAGUAUUUGACCGAGCAGUAUGCCUUCACCAUGCCAGAACCCCCACAGAUGGUAAAUCACGGCAAGAACUACAUUACCUCUCUCAGUCAGGUGGUGCAGCAUUUAUCUGAGCGAGCAGAGGAGUUGGGGGUAGAGCUCUUUCCAGGUAUCUCCGUCUCUGAGCUCAUAUACACGGAAAACGGCGAUGCCAUCAAAGGUGUGGCCACCAGAGACGUUGGAAUCGGAAAGAAUGGAGCUCCCUUGGGCUCUUUUGAAAGAGGUAUGGAGUUCCACGCCAGAGUCACCGUUCUAGCCGAAGGGUGCCAUGGGUCCCUUACGAAAAAAGCGAUUUCCAAGUUUGACCUUCGUGCAAACUCCGAUCCACAGACAUACGGUUUGGGUAUCAAGGAGGUUUGGCGUGUUGCUGACGACAAGUUUCAGCCAGGAUUUGUUGGUCACACAAUGGGAUUCCCGUUGUCUCUGGACGUCUAUGGAGGCGGGUUUAUGUACCACUUUGGCGAUGGAUUUGUUGCCGUGGGUCUUGUUGUCGGGCUUGACUACGCCAACCCUUACAUUCUGCCAUAUCAGGAGUUCCAGAAAAUGAAAACUCACCCAUACUACGCUGAUGUGCUUGAAGGAGGCGAGUGUGUGUCGUACGGAGCUCGUGCACUUAACGAAGGUGGGUACCAGUCGAUUCCAAAGCUUCAUUUCCCUGGCGGUGUGCUUGUGGGCUGUUCUGCUGGCUUCAUGAACGUGCCCAAGAUCAAAGGCACUCACACGGCGAUGAAACUGGGAAUGGUCGCUGCAGAAGCCAUUUUCGAGGCAGUGAAAGAAAUGGACGUUGUAGACGAGGAAACAGACUUUGAGGAGCUGCCUCUUGACUUGCAGUCGUACGAGGAAAAUCUCAAGCUGUCUUGGGUCUACGAGGAGCUCUAUGAAGUCAGAAACGUUCGUCCUUCCUUUAACGGACCUUUAGGGUUCCUUGGAGGCCUCGCUCACUCUGGCUUCACUACAUUGGUGUCUAAAGGGUUGGAGCCAUGGACAUUACAGCAUAAGCAUACGGACGCCGAGGCGACCAAACCAGCAUCGGAGUUUUCUCCCAAGGAGUAUCCAAAACCAGACGGGAAGCUCACGUUCGACAUCUUGACCUCUGUGUCUAGAACAGGCACUUACCAUCAGGAAGACGAGCCUUGCCACUUGAGAAUUCCACAACAAAACCACAGAAAGCACGCCGAAAUCUCGUUUCCGAAAUUCAAAGGCAUUGAGCAGAAAUUUUGUCCUGCUGGAGUGUACGAGUACAUCGAGGACGAGGAGGAACCACUUGGAGUGAAGUUCAACAUCAACAGUCAGAACUGCAUUCACUGCAAGACGUGUGACAUCAAAGUGCCUGCUCAGGAUAUCAACUGGGAGGUGCCCGAGGGAGGCGAUGGGCCCAAAUAUUACAUGACCUAG